GGCGUACCGCAUGCCAUGUCACCACGCCGACUCGCUCCUUUCCUCCCGAAUACGCGCCUCCUCCUCCUCCGCUCCCUAAACCCUAGCCUCGACAUGUCUCCGGCCGCCGCCGCCCACCUGACCACGGUCACCGACCCCGACGAGGAAAUCUGCUCGAGCACCGUGGUGGCCGCCGCCGCCCCCGAGGAGAUCGCGCCGUCCGUGCCCCUGCCUCCUCCCCCGGCGUCCGCGGAGGAGAGGGUGGAGCGCGCGUGGGCACACUGGAGGCGGCUGGGGGCCCCGAGGCUGGUAGUGGCGCCCAUGGUGGACAACUCGGAGCUGCCCUUCCGCAUGCUGUGCCGCCGCUACGGCGCCGACGCGGCCUACACGCCUAUGCUCCACUCCCGCAUCUUCUCCGAGAACGAGAAGAAUAGGAACAUGGAGUUCACAACCUGCAAGGAGGAUCGCCCACUUUUUGUUCAGUUUUGUGCGAAUGAUCCUGACAUUUUGUUGCAAGCUGCAAAGAUAGUGGAACCGCAUUGUGACUAUGUUGAUAUAAAUUUUGGAUGCCCACAGCGAAUUGCUAGACGGGGUUACUAUGGGGCGUUUCUUAUGGACAACCUUCCCCUAGUAAAAUCCCUUGUGCAGAAUCUAUCAGCAAACCUUCAUGUUCCUGUCUCGUGUAAGAUUCGCAUAUUCCCACGACUUGAGGACACACUAGCAUAUGCAAGGAUGCUCGAAGAAGCUGGUGCUUCUCUUGUAGCUGUGCAUGGCCGGACAAGAGAUGAAAAAGAUGGAAAGAAAUUUCGAGCUGACUGGGAUGCCAUCAAAGCUGUUAAAGACGCUCUAAGAAUACCUGUACUUGCAAACGGAAACAUUCGCCAUAUGGAGGACGUGAAGAACUGUCUGGAACAUACUGGUGCUGAUGGCAUACUUUCAGCUGAACCUCUUCUAGAAAAUCCAGCAUUAUUUGCUGGUUUCCGGACAAAGGAGUGGAAAGAAGAUGAAGAUAAAGAUAGUGGCUUAGACCAGACUGAUCUAGCCAUAGAAUAUUUGAAGCUGUGCGAGCAAUACCCUGUGCCAUGGCGAAUGAUUCGAUCCCAUGUCCACAAGAUGCUGGGCGACUGGUUUAAAGUGCAUCCACAAGUGAGGGAGGAAUUCAAUGCCCAACCCAUCCUCACUUUCGAGUGGUUGCAUGAUAUGGUAAAGAAGCUGAAGGAACUUGGUGGUGGAAUACCACUUUACAGAGACAUCCCUAUUCAGUCACAUUCAGAUACCAUAGGGGGCGGACUAGCUGCAAGCAAAGCCUGAUGACACCCAUCAAUUUUGUCUACAGCUUACCAAUUUAUGAAAAGAAACGAAAGAUGAACCACAAGGCACCAAGUAUUAACUUAUGUGAUUGUAUAGAUUGUAGCAGCAUUUUUGUGGUGGAACACUCAGAUUUGUGGCAACUACCAUGAGUAGUGGUUCUAAAGAAAGGAAAGCAGUACUAGAGAGAGAGAAAAAAAUCUGAGUAAAGAUAUUUCAGUGGUUGCUCAACUGAUUUAUUGUGAGCAUCUGCAGUUGACCACUUUUGUGUGUGUUGUGAAUGUUGAUCAUUUAUUGUUGUAACAACUAAUUCAUAUAUUUGCAGUCAUUGUUAUACGGUUUAGGUAAGCAAAA